UGUGUGUGUGUGUGUGUGUGUGUGAGUUGUGAGCGUUCUGUGCUUGUGUGAAGUUUUCAGUGGAUUUAAGUUGUAAAUGGUUCGUUCACACAUUCAGAGCAUUUGCUGUCAGAUUGUAUUGAGGUGUGUAAGUUUGUGUGUGUGUGUGUGUGUAUGUGUGUGUGUGAGUGUGUGUGUGUGUGUGUGUGUGUGAGUGCGCGAGAGGAAGUGAUCAUUGUUCCUGCACAGACAAAAUGAGGAGGGAAACGCAGAUCCUGAGAAAAUCCAGAGGAGUUUGAGUGUGAAUCUCACAUGAUCCUGACGGACAGACACGAGACGAUGAGGAUCUACACACACAGCUGGUGUUGAGUGUGUGUCGGGGACAGCAUGGCUCCUCGGCCAUCCUCAGGAGAGUUAUGGGGUCUUCACCUGAUGCCUCCUCGGAUCCUGGUGGACUGCUGUCUGCCGAACGGGAUCCUGGUGAGUCUGGAGUGUCUGAGAGAAGCUCCUCUGACCAGCAUCAAGCAGCAGCUCUUCAGUGAGGCCCGCAAAUACCCUCUCCACCACCUGCUGCAGGAGGAGUCCUGCUAUAUCUUUGUAGGAGUGACGCAGGAGGCCGAGCGUGAGGAGUUCUACGAUGAGACGCGGCGUCUGUGUGACCUGCGGCUCUUUCACCCCAUCCUCAAAGUCAUCGAGCCGCUGGGGAACAGAGAGGAGAAGAUCCUCAACAGGGAGAUCGGUUUCGCCAUCGGGAUGCCCAUCUGUGAGUUCGAGCUGGUGAAGGACCCGGAGGUGCAGGAAUUCCGCAGGAACAUUCUGAGCGUGUGCAGGGAGGCGGUGGAGGAGCGCGAGGGAGGAGGCGCACACACUCAGGCGCUCUACGUCUAUCCUCCCAACGUGGAGUCCUCCGCCGACCUGCCGCAGCACAUCUACAGCAAACUCGACAAAGGCCGUCUGAUCGUCACCAUCUGGGUGAUCGUGUCCCCGUCCAACUCCAAGCAGAAGUACACUCUGAAGAUCGCACACGACUCUCUGCCGGAGCAGCUGAUUGCAGAAGCCAUCCGCAAGAAGACGCGCAGCAUGCAUCUGUCUGCGCAGCAGCUGCGUCUCUGUGUGCAGGAGUACCAGGGCCAGUACAUGCUCAAAGUGUGCGGCUGCGACGAGUACUUCCUGGAGAAACACCCUCUCAGCCAGUACAAGUACAUCAGGAGCUGCAUCACACUGGGCCGUCUGCCUCACCUCAUGCUGGUCAGUAAGGACAGUCUGUACAGUCAGCUGCCCUCCAGCGGCUUCAUGGCUCCGUCGUACAGCCGGCGCACACCUCAGCCCAGCCCCUGCCCCGGUGGAGCUGACCCCGGGUCACCGCGCUCCCUCUGGGCCUUCAACACACACCUGAGAGUCCGGCUGCUGUGUGCCACCUACGUCAACGUCAACAUCAGAGACAUCGACAAGAUCUACGUCAGGACAGGAAUAUAUCAUGGAGGAGAACCGCUGUGUGACAACGUCAACACACAGAGAGUGCCCUGCUCCAACCCGAGAUGGAACGAGUGGCUGUCGUAUGACAUCUACCUGACCGAUGUCCCUCGCUCUGCUCGUCUCUGUCUGUCCAUCUGCUCCGUCAAGGGACGCAAGGGAGCCAAAGAGGAACACUGUCCUCUGGCCUGGGGAAACAUCAACCUCUUCGACUAUAAAGACACGCUGGUCAGUGGGAAAGUGGCUCUGGGUUUGUGGCCGGUUCCUCACGGCCUGGAGGAUCUCCUCAACCCCAUCGGAGUGUCCGGAUCCAACCCAAACAAGGAGACACCGUGUGUGGAGCUGGAGUUCCCCUGGUUUAACCAGACGGUGGUGUUCCCUGAUGAGCAGCAGAUAGAAGAACACGCCAACUGGAGCAUCUCCCGGGAGCUUGGAUACAGCUACUGUCUGGGGCUGAGCAGUCGUCUGGCGUGUGACAGCUCCAUAUCGCAGGUAGACGCCGAGCAACUGCGCACACUGUGCAGUCGAGACCCGCUGUACGAGCUGUCCGAACAAGAGAAAGACUUCCUGUGGAGACAUCGGCAUUACUGUGUGAAUAUUCCAGAAAGUCUUCCCAAACUCCUGCUGUCCGUCAAGUGGAACUCACGGGAUGAAGUGUCACAGAUCUACUGUCUGCUGAAGGACUGGCCACUCAUGCAGCCUGAAUCCGCUCUGGAGCUGCUGGACUGUAACUUCCCUGAUCCCAUGGUGCGAGAGUUUGCCCUUCGCUGCCUGAUCCAGGGCUUGACGGACGACAAGCUCAGCCAGUACCUGCUGCAGCUCGUGCAGGUACUGAAAUAUGAGAUGUAUCUGGAUAACCCGUUAGCUCGGUUCCUGAUCAAGAAAGCACUGACCAAUCAGAGGAUCGGACAUUUCUUCUUCUGGCAUCUGAAGUCUGAGAUGCACAAUAAAACAGUGUCUCGUCGCUUCGGCCUGCUGCUGGAGGCGUUCUGUCGGGCGUGUGGUAUGUACCUCAAACACCUGAACAGACAGGUGGAGGCCAUGGACAAGCUGGUGAACCUCACAGACACACUCAAACAGGAGAAGAAAGAUGAGACGCAGAAGACUCAGAUGAAGUUCCUGGUGGAGCACAUGUCCCGCCCAGAUUACAUGGAGGCGCUGCAGGGGUUUGUUUCUCCUCUGAACCCCGUACACCAACUGGGCAAUCUCAGGUUGGAGGAGUGCCGUAUCAUGUCUUCAGCCAAGCGUCCGCUGUGGUUAAACUGGGAGAAUCCGGAUAUCAUGAGCGAACUGCUCUUCACCAAUAAUGAGAUCAUCUUUAAAAAUGGAGACGAUCUACGGCAAGAUAUGCUGACACUACAGAUUAUUAAAAUUAUGGAGAAUAUCUGGCAGAAUCAGGGGCUGGAUCUGCGAAUGUUGCCAUAUGGCUGUCUGUCCAUCGGCGACUGUGUUGGUCUCAUCGAGGUGGUGAAGAACUCGUACACCAUCAUGCAAAUUCAGUGUAAAGGAGGCCUGAAGGGGGCGCUACAGUUCAACAGCAACACACUGCACCACUGGAUCAGAGAGAAGAACAAGGGAGAGGCGUACGACAGAGCCAUCGAUUUAUUCACACGCUCGUGUGCUGGAUACUGCGUGGCCACAUUCAUUCUGGGCAUCGGCGACAGACACAACAGCAACAUCAUGGUGAAGGAGAACGGACAGCUGUUCCACAUUGACUUCGGUCACUUUCUCGAUCAUAAAAAGAAAAAAUUUGGAUACAAGCGAGAGCGAGUUCCUUUCGUUCUCACACAAGACUUCCUGAUCGUCAUCAGUAAGGGUGUGCAGGAGUGCACAAAGACCAAAGAGUUUGAGAGGUUUCAGGAGAUGUGUUAUAAAGCAUAUCUGGCCAUCCGUCAGCACGCCAGCCUCUUCAUCAACCUCUUCUCUCUGCUGCUGGGCUGUGGGAUGCCUGAACUGCAGAGCUUUGACGACAUCGCCUACCUGCGCAAGACACUGGCGCUAGAGAAGAACCAGCAGGACGCUCUGGAGUACUUCACCAAACAGAUGAACGAUGCCCACCAUGGAGGAUGGACCACCAAGAUGGACUGGAUUUUCCACACCAUCCGACACAUGCCCAACGAGCAUUGACACACACACACACACACACACACACACACACACUCACUCACUCACUCACUCACUCACUCACUCACUCAUAGACAAACACACACACACACACACACACACACACACACACACACACACAUAAACACUUACAGAAACAAACAAACAAACAAACACACACACACACACACACACACUUCAGUGAGCUCAGAUCGCUGUGAUGUAAAGCUGCAUUCAUAAGUUUACAUCCCCUUAACUGAAUCUAUAAAAUGUUAAUUAUUGGAGCAAAAUCAGAGGAGUUCAUAACAAUGCCAUGUUGUAUUAAGGCCCAGAUGGAAUACGCUGUAAGAAAUGAUUUUCUUCCUCUGUGUUUUUGUCUUUUUUUCUAGUAUAAAUAUAUAUAAAUUCUGGAAUUAAGAUGCAUUUACUUGACAAGUAAAAUGACUUGUCAAUUUAAAAAAGAUAUUUUAAAAAGAUGUCUUGUUUUCUAAAAAAAAAAAAAAAAGCCAAAUCUUGUUCUUUUUUGCUUUUAGUAAAAAUAUCUGCCAAUGAGGUAAGAAAAAUAAUAUUGUUUAGCCUUUGAAUUAAGAACAUUUUUCUUACACUAUUAGCAGAUAGUUCUACUCAAUUAACAAAAUUUGGAUAAUAUUUUCAGAAAACAAAACAAAAUAUCUUAAAGGGAUUUUUCACCCAAAAAUGAAAAAUUGCCCAUUAUUUACUCACCCUCAAGUCCUCCUAGGUGUAUAAAAAAAUUGUUUUUGAUCUUUCAAGCUGUUUAAUGUCAGUAAGCGGGUGUUUUUGUACUGUUGUACAUGGAAGCGGUUCGGGCGGAAGAUGUGUGAGGUCAGUGCUGCGCAUGCGCUGUCAGAAGUGAUGCACUCGGAAGCGCAGCGGAGAGAUCAAAACAAAACAAUGGUCACUAAUUAGAAGUACAAAACAAGGAUUUGUAAAGAAGAAUGUCAGAGGAUUUCAAUAUAAGCCAAGAGAAGACUUUGUUUCCUUUGCUCCCAUUAACAAAUGUUGGUUUUCAGGAGACUCACGGCGCAUGCGCAGCGCCAACAUCAUACGUCAUUCCCCUGGAAAUGCUUCAGUGUACAGCUGCUGGCACAAGAUAGAUUAAAUUCUGUUUUUAAUAUGGAUAUUUUUCUUACAAAAAUACAUAGAUUAACUACAAGAGGCUUUUGUUCUCCUCUGGAGCUGUGUGAGACACUUCUUAUUAUGGAUGGAUGCGCUUUGUUUCACUUCUUUUGGACUGAAGCAC